UCAAAAUCCAGAAAUCUUACCAAGAUGAUCGUGAAACUCGCCGCUUUUUUGUCCCUGUUCUCUAUGGGCCUGCUCGCAGCCGCUGCACCGACCGAACCCCAACUUGCUCGGCGUGCACAGGACAGCGUCGCCAAUGCACCGUUCUGGGGCCGCAAGUCGGAACCCGUCCGCGUAGCACGAUGGGUUGAUUCCCGUGCAUGACUAUACCAUUAUGCGCAUCUCCGACUUAUAACUCUCCCCGAUGUUACUGAAAACUUGAAUACAUAAUCGGGCCGUCCAGCGAUGGUAUCGGUGUUGAACUCUGGGGGUGACUUGCAACGACAGGCAGCGUUCGGUUUCCGACAUGCGACUUUGUGCGCGUGGUCAACAACGAGGCCGCCUUCACAAGCGGGAGAAUCAACUUGAUGGGCAGCAACGGUUUUGAUGAAUUUUGAUUGCAGGGUCUAGGAGAAACGACCGCACUGAUAAGCCCGUCAAUCUGUAGUAGGGCUGGGUAAAAUUAAGAUUUUGGCUUGCAAUUUACGUCUUUUUUGCAGGGGGUCUGUGGUAAAAUACACAAGGCCUGUAUUUUAUGUAAUUUACCGGCGCCGCCGGCCCGAAAUUUACGGCAAUUUACUGUAAUUUACGCCUGUAAAGUAUGUAAUUUUGGUACAUUUACUACGCAAGGCCCUUGCGUG